AUGCAGCCCCAUUCCCUCUACGCUGAAAUUAUCGUCGAAGGCGAAAGACAGGAAGUUCUGCUCUUCGGGUCCCGCCUGAAGUUCUUCGGCACGUCAAACUUCCUGCAAGAUCUCGCGAUCUACAUCGGUUACGCCGAGAAUGGGACGACGUUUACAGCGAUCAGAGCUGAGGAAAAAGCCUACGGUUUCUGCUGCAAUCCCUGUGAUUACGUUCAACCGAUUCAUAAAACCCGAUGGAUCCCGGAGCAACCCCAGCAGCAGCAGCAGCAAAUGCUCUCAUUGAAAGCAGGGGGCCGUGAGCACACCUUCACACUGAGCGUCAUGGAAGCUUCCGGGGACAAAAUCAGCCAAUCGGGGAAACUAGUCGUUGACGAUAAAGUUUUCGUGAUGCAGAAUAUCUGUUUUGACCUCCCAAGAUGCCCCACACCCCACGAGGGAAAGAACGAGCUGGUCAAACUGCUCGAGUUCCCUCAGAACCAGAGCUCCGAGUUGAUUUUGAGCACAGCUGACGUUCAUUGUAAAAACCCCGAGCUCGCUGUUCACGGUUCCCCCCGCUAUUGUGUUGACGGUGAACUCCUACAAAAUAUUCUCCGAAACUCCAAAUGUUUCGAAGGCGAUCGGUGCCUUCCUGAGUAA